UGCCCCACCAAAUUUUCUGAUUGAGCUCGGGUUCGGAGCUGCCGCAGGCUCACCAACGAUCCAGCAGAGCCGGUGGGUGUUACGACGGCAAUUCCUGUACAAACCGCCCGUGGCCGGUUGUCAGUCACCAUGUUUCCCGUGAAAGGCCUCAGCAUAUCUGCUGAGAAGCUGAAGGUUGAGACGGAAGGUCCAGCCGCAGCUGCAGCUUCCGCGCCGAAACCCGCGAGGAAGCGCAAGAGGCCGAGUCACUCGGAGAAUGUCGCAGCAGAAAACCUUGCUGAUCUGUGGGAGAAGGUCAUUGAGCAUAAAAAGCCAAACGCGCCCGAGGAUAAGGCGCAGCAAAACAAGGACAACAAGCGCCAGAAAACGGUGCAUGAAACCUCUACCACCGCUCAGUCAGGGACCAAAGAGCAACAAGGACCCAACGACAGAUCCGAAAAGAAGCAGAAGAAGAAGAAGAACAAGAAAGAGAAGGGGGGCUCACUAGGAGCGGCGUCCGAGACUGCCGAACCUUCCAAGGAGGAUGAAAAUGAGUGGGACGGCGUCGACGAUGAGGAAGAGCACGAAGCAACUCAGUCGUUGAAGGGGGACGCCGACAAGACGAAGAAGAAUAAGAAGAAGAAGAAGGAGAAACAAAAAGGAGGCGUUGAUAACAAGGAAGAAGCAAAACCUGUGGACCUGAAAUCCAAACCCGAGGCAGCGGCACCUCCACCAGCGCCUCCCGCCUCCAGCACUCCCAAGCUUACCCCUCUUCAAGCGUCGAUGCGGGAGAAGCUCAUCUCGGCCCGCUUCCGCCACCUCAACGAGACUCUCUACACCCGCCCCUCCACCGAAGCCUUCCGGCUUUUUGAGGAAUCACCGGAGAUGUUCACCGAGUACCAUGAAGGCUUCCGCAGGCAGGUCGAAGUGUGGCCCGAGAACCCGGUGGACGGGUACAUCGCCGACAUCAAGGCGCGCGCCAAGGUCCGCUUCCCGCCGCGCGACCGCAGCGCACCCGUCACGGCCUCCCAGCUGCCCCUCCCCAAACCGCCCGGCUCCAAGACCUGCACGAUCGCCGACCUCGGCUGCGGCGAUGCCAAGCUCGCCACGACCCUUCGGCCGCUGGCCAAGAAACUCCACCUCGAGAUUCGCAGCUUCGACCUCCAGACCGGCGGCUCCCCGCUCGUCACGCGCGCCGACAUCGCCAAUCUCCCGCUGCCCGACGGCUCCGUCGACGUCGCCAUCUUCUGCCUCGCCCUGAUGGGCACCAACUGGCUGGCCUUCAUCGAGGAGGCCUACCGCAUCCUGCGCUGGCGCGGCGAGCUGUGGGUGGCCGAGAUCAAGAGCCGCUUCGCGAACCCUUCGGCGGCGGCCAAGCACAGGGUCGUCGCCCACAGCGUCGGCAACCGCAAGAAGAAGGGCUCCGCCGCGUCGGGCAAGCAGGCCAAGGCGGCAGCCGCCGCCGAGGAGGAGGAGGAAGCUUCCGACCUGGUCGACCUCGCGGUGCACGUCGACGGCGACGAGACCAAGAAGGGCCAGAACGAGACCGACAUCAGCGCGUUCGUCGAGGCGCUCCGCAAGCGCGGCUUCCUGCUGAACCGGGAUCUCGGCGAGGGCGGCAGCGGGGCGGUGGACAUGAGCAACCGCAUGUUCGUGCGCAUGCACUUCGUCAAGGCCGCGCCCGCGCUCCGUGGAAAGUGCGCCGCACCCGGGACCAGGGAGCGGAAGUGGACGGACGGGAAGGGACGGGUGGUGCAGAAGAAGAAAUUUAUCGAGGAUGAUGAUAUGAACGGAGAGGGCGGGGAGGAGAAUGAGGCGGCCAUCUUAAAGCCGUGUGUCUACAAGGUUCGUUGAUCCGGCGAGACGGAGAGGAAGUCUAUUCGGUCAGAAAAAUGGGUGGGGCGUUUGAACGAACGGAUUGCGACGGCGAUGGGGGACCAGAAGAACUGCAUCUCCGGUUAAGUGUAGUAGGGCCGGAAAGCGAAGAUCUGUCAAUUCUAGGCUAUGCGCUGGCCGGUCCCGGGUGCCCUCUAAACUACCCUUCACACACCUUAGCAGUAGUU